AUGAUUUGGAUCCAAGUGUGCAGUAGCACCGUAGCUGGUGUAUCAGCAGGGUAUGGAAUCAUGUGUACAUGUGAGGGCUCUCUGUACACAUGGGAAUUAUCUUCAGGAGCUAAGCUUGGUUAUCUCACGCAUUGCAGAGGAGCCACAUUGUCCUGUUUGGUGGCGGAUGAUUCGGGCUCUUCUGGUGUAUUUGCAGUGGCUGUGGAUGGCACCCAGCUGCAGGACCAAAACAUACGAGAUUUUACCAGCAACCUGAUGAAACAUGGUUGUAUAAUCCGUGAGCUGAAACAAACUCUUACAAUCACAAAAGCUGGGAUGCAGUUCAUGCAAAUAAAAUUCCAUGAGGAGAUUCAGAAUCUUGGUCUGCACAUUCAUGGUCUAGCUAGUGUUGCUUCUAGGUGUCAAAUAGUCCUUGAGGAAAACCGAAAGCUAUAUAAUGAGAUCCAAUAUCUUAAAGGAAGGAUACUCUUCAAUAUGAUGUCUCUGUUCAAAUGA